AUGGGAUGGAAGAAGAUUGAAAACAUGAUUCAAACGUCAGGUGAUUGGAGCAAUUUUGUGAGAAAAAUUCCCAACACAACUCCUGAAGAUGCAAUGCGUUUCGUUUUCGCGCACCCGAAGGAAGAGAUAACUUUCUUUUUCUAUGUUCGAAAUACAGUCAAUCUAGAAACACCACUUGCAAACGAACACGGUCCUUUUGAAACAGGAAUGGCAGUAUUCUUUAAAGGCCAGGCGGCUAUUACCAGUUCUUUGCAAUGUGAUAUAUACGAGAAAAAGCCGAUUGCUACAAUCUAUAUCAAUCCCUUGAGCAAUCAGCAAUUUCUUGAUAUCAAAAAUUACGUGCUAGCAAAGAUGACUCCGUCCCCAGCGAUUGAUGUGGUUUGUAUCUUUGCUGGUAAUUUUGUCACCGACACUCGUCCAAUGCUCCGAGCCCACAACAAUCCGCACGCCACAGCCCAGUUCAACUCGAACAUUCAGAUGGUACUUGAUUCAGGAUACAUAAAACAACUUCAGAACCAAGGUAUAACUGUUUUACUGACCAUCAUGGCUGGUCACACUCAAACAGGUUGGUCGCAAUUCGCAGAUCAAUCUACAGCCCAAAGUUUCGUGGAUUAUCUCAAAACGGAAGUUGUCACACUCUAUGGUUUGGAUGGAAUUGAUAUUGAUGACGAAUAUAGCAUCGGCACCAUUCAUAAUGAUUCGUUGGCCAUGGUUACAACCCUAAUGAAACAAGCCAUGCCUAACAAACUGAUCACAAAAGCGUUGUAUGAUGAUCAUGUUUACUUCAACACCGAUUGGAAUGGCCAUCAUCUGGGUCUAAAUCUGGAUUACGGUUGGGAAAUGACUUAUUACGACGGCGAUAUCAAUUCUCGACUACAUUUCUACACUGGCAAAGGAAUGAGUAAAUCGCAGUUGUGUAUCGGUUUUUCUGCUGAAGACCAAUUUUCAAAGAAGUGGCAGUAUACUUCCUCACAGGCAUCAGAGGUGAUUCGUGAGAAGUAUGGAGGUGGAAUGAUGUUCAACUUUGAACACCAGCCCAGGAGCAUCAAGUUGAUGAAAACAGUGGUUAAUGCUAUGUGUGGACCUGGUAGCUGGAAAACUAUUGGUUCUAUACGUCGACGUCGAUGUUCUAUACUUUAA